GUCCAUUGAUGUGUCAAGAAUGUUGAUGAUUUCACACACAUCUACAUUCUGAGUGUUCUUAACUUGAAGAACUAUUGCACAUUCUCACUCAUUUGGUACCUGAUCGCUCAGCUGUCCAAACCCUGUGAACCGACGUAUACGUUCAUUGCGUUCGACAAACCUGUUUACCGAAUGUUUACUUUACUGAUUGAUUGUUUUUUUCUCUCUGUGGAAAACUGACAUCUCUUAAAAAUGGACACCAACGCUGUCUUUAAACGAGUCCAACAAAUGAGACCAUCCUCUUUCUCUGAGGAAGAGCGAUGCUGCUACCAAGCAGAAAAAAUGAUGCUCAGGCAAUUUGUGCUCCCGAAGCAGCAGGAUCAAGUACCCGAUCAUUUGACUGUCAGACAGAUGAAGACCUGGCUGCUGACAGGAAGGAACUUUGUGGAGGAGUUUCAGGAAAUGAUGAUGAUGAAUGAUGAUGGCAGACUCGAGACAAAACAUCUCCUCAUGGCUGAACUGGUGAGUAAAAUAUAGUGAAUCUUCAGACUGCAGUGUGAUAUGUAAACCUGUAUGUAACACAAGUCUACUAGUGAGCGAGGAGAUUCUGUCUCAGUCAAAUCGAGCAGGAGGUCCAGGAUGAGCUGGACGAGGAGAAGCGGCUUUCACAUCUGCUGAACAGGAAGGUCACACUGGAGGGCCCUCAGAUGUUUGUUACAGUCUUCCGACCAAAAGCAGAGAAGGCUGUGCGAACAUAUCUACCGUCACUGUUCAGCAAGCUGCUGAAAUAUUUUGGUGGAUCUCGCAUUCCUCCUGUCUCUUCAGGGGAUGCGAAAACAGGACAGCACUUAGAGCUCCAGCAGAGCACUGCACCAGUCAUCCAGGAAGUGAUAAACACCACUCUUAAGUUCCUCCUGGAGGAACCAGAGUCUGCAGACCAAAUUGAAGCAGCCAGCAUUGUGGUUGGGAGACUGCUGAGUGACUCAGCAGCUCCCUGUCUGCCUCAGUAUGGACCUCUCUCUGCAGCUCCUCUGCUCGGGGUCUGCACUAUAGCAGCAAGAUUCAUGGUCAGAUCCAUCUUUAAGGAGUUUGACCAUCACUCCAGGACCUUCCACAUAAUGGACUAUGAUGACAGCUUGUUCUCUGCAAGAGAGGACGUCAUCUUUGCAAUCCAGGAUAUGGACAAUAGAAUGCAGACUGCCGCAUGCAGACCUCAGCCUCAGCUCCGCACGUUGGAAGGACCACAAGAGGGACUUCUGGAGGAGAAGGAGGUUUCUCCAGUGGUCUUGCUGGAUGAGACUACCACUGUGAAGACAUCCAUGUUGAGAUUGGAGGCCAGCGUGAUCAUUCACAUGGAGCCAGAGCUGGACCAAAAAGAUGGACUUCUGGAGGAGAGGGAGGCUUCUCCAGAGGUCACGUUGGAUCAAGUAACAGCCACUGUGAGGACAUCCUUAUCCUCAAGACUGGAGACCAACGUGAUUGUAUACAUGGAGCCAGAGCUGGAAGUCCUGCAGGAGGAGUUGGAGGCUGAGGACUUUGGAGUUCCUUAUAAGGAAAGCCAUAUUAUAAAACCUGAAAAAUAAUUGCUGUUGGCAAGACUGUACCUGCAUAAGGCUGAACCAUUUUUUUCAAUCAAGGUUUGGCUGAAAUAAAAAUCAAGUCAAUUUGAAGCAGGAAAAACAUUUAGGUCCAAGGUGGGAGCUGGAAUCACAUUUUGGCAAGCAGAAAAGUGCAUUUUAUGGGUUGUAUUUGUCUUUCAAAGAUAUUUCAACUGGUGAAAAGGAUUGGAUGAGCUAUAAUCUUUAAAAUAUAACCCCCAUGAAUGAAGCCAAGGAAAUCUGAGGAAGAAAAAAACCUUUCAGUCACAAGGUGGGAACUGGAAUCACUUUUUGGCAAGUGGAGAACUACAUUUUAUGGUUUUCAUGUGCCUUUUAAGAUAUUUCAACUGGUAAAAAGGACUGGUUGCACUAUAAUCUUUAAAAUAUAACCCCCAUGAGUGAAAUCAACUAAUUUUGAGGCAGAAAUAACCUUUCAGUCACAAGUUAGGAGCUGGAAUCACAUUUUGGCAAGUGGAAAACCGCCUUUUAUGGGUUGUAGGCCUAUUGCCGCAUUAAAUAUAUUUAAACUGGUAAAAAAAAAAAACUGGUUAUAAUCUAGGGCACAGAGCAGGUAAAAUAAUGCAGAGUCAUAAGGAUAAUUUAAAAAAGAUCAUUUCUUUUUUGCUCAUAUAACCCAUCCAUAAAUCAUGUUAAUUACAGUCUAGUUAACAAGGAUAUUAGACAUACCAAACACAAAUAAACAUCGGAAACAAUACUAUAGUAUUGCCUAUAAUUUAUGUCAUGCCUGAUUACGCUAUAAACUGCACUUAUUUGGCCACAAUCAUUAUCAUUCGGUUACAAGAAAUAUUAAAGUUUCACAAACACAUACCUUCACUAUUACCACCAACAUAA